UUUGUCUGGGGAGGGAAGCCCAGUCAGAUCGCUCAUGCUACUUUAGUGAAUUCAGUGAGCCGGGGGGGGCUCAACCUCAGGGACUUGGGUACGGUAUGGAGGGCACAGAGGAUCAAGAUGGUACAGAGGCUGCUCGCUGGGGGGGGUCUGGCUUUUUGGCUGGACUUCUUUCAUGAGCAGGUGGGGCGGUGUGGGCCCUGUGGUUUGUUUAACCUCUGUGGGGUCCCCACUGCCUCGCAACUUGAGCUUCUUGAUCCUCUUUUUGCGGAGGCGCUUCAGGUGUGGGGCAGGGUCCGCAGGCUCCUUGGGACCUCCAUCGGGACACGUGAGCAGGUAUUGGCACAGCCGCUUAAACGAAACCCGUGUCUGCCCCUGGUGGGGCGACUCAUGGCCAUUCGCCCCUACUCAAUGUGCGGUUUCCAUCAGGUCCGCCACCUGGUGGCUGGUGGAGGGGGUAUUGAUGGGGAGCGGGUCACUUGUGUCCUCCGUACUCAUGGUGUGUUUCAGAGUUUCAGGGCCGUGGCGCGCUGGUGUUCCAGGGUGGAGGCGGCCCUCCCGGGCUCCUGGGUGCUGGCUCUGAUGCGGGGAUCUACGGCCCAGCGGAGUGAGCAUGGCAGUCCGGACGUCUCCCUUCCUGAGUUCCAUCUGCUGGGGGAUGGCCCUCCCACGUCGCUGGCUUUCAUGACGCCCAAGAAAUGGUACCAACUACUGAUUCAGGAGGUGCGGCGGCCGCCAACGGCGGAGGUGGUGUGGGGGCAGCUGUUCCCUGGCUGGGAGACAGGGGACAUUUGGUGCCGGGUGGACCUCCGCUUUGCUGGGCCUGCGGUCUUCGCCACAGAGUUUAAGAUUCGCCACCGGCGGAUCUUCACCGGUGUGGUUUUAUCUCAUGUGGAUGCAGAGAGGUUUUCACGGGUGUGUGCUGUAUGUGGGACUGAUGAUGAGACCCUGGAGCACCUGUUUCUCCGCUGCCCGGAGCUCGUCUCCUUCUGGGUGGCAGUAUGCAGCUUGUUGGCACGGUGCUGUGCCUGGGCUGCUGACUCAGAAACUGGCCUGAUAUGGACAAUGCUGUUCGGGCUCCCAAAAGGAGCCAGGUCGCCCUGCCCAUGGGCAAUAAACAUUGUCAUGGCUCUGGCCCGCCAGGCCGUGUACAGGGCGAGAAAUUAUCGGCUUUUUGGGGACAAGGUGGUUCAAGAAAAGCUGAUGUUUAACUUUUGAAUGGUGCUGUUUUU